GCCGACGCACGGGGAUCGUGUCGCUUCCGCUUCCGGCAGAGGCGGCGGGAAGAUGGCGGCGGCCGUGGUGGCCUCGGCCCUGCCCGUCGCCGUCGGGCGGCUGGUGUCCGCGUGCACCCGCGGCCUCCUAACGCCGUCGGGGCCGCGAGCGGCUUCCCUGUGGCCUGCUUCUCGAAGGUUCAGUUCACAGAGCACUUCAUUUCCACAAAGAUACGUUCCUAAGACAUCGCUGAGUUCACCACCUUGGCCAGAAAUUGUUCUGCCAGACCCAGUUGAGGAGACCAGACACCACGCAGAGGUCGUGGGGAAGGUGAACGAGCUGAUUGCCGCAGGCCAGUACGGCAGGCUCUUUGCUGUGGUGCACUUUGCCAGCCACCAGUGGAAGGUGACCUCUGAGGACCUGAUUUUAAUUGAAAAUGAACUCGACAUUGCGUGUGGGGAGAGGAUUCGGCUAGAGAAGGUGCUGUUGGUUGGGGCUGACAACUUCACGUUACUUGGCAAGCCACUCCUUGGAAAAGAUCUUGUUCGAGUAGAAGCUACAGUCAUAGAAAAGACAGAAUCAUGGCCAAAAGUCAACAUGAAAUUUAAGAAGAGGAAAAACUAUAGGAGGAAAAAAAGUAAUCAUUGUGAGCCCGCAGACUGUCCUCCGGAUCAACUCCAUUGACAUCGCUCCACGUUUGUGCUGAUCAUUGAGCUCAUAUUACAGAAAUAAAAACAAGCUCCUCUUUUCUGAGGAGCCCAAGUUCUGUGUUCCAGUUUAAAA